AUGGCUCAUAGGAAAUUACAGCAGGAGGUCGAUAGGGUCUUUAAAAAAAUCAAUGAGGGUUUAGAAAUCUUCAAUAGUUAUUACGAAAGACAUGAAUCGUGUACAAACAAUCCUUCCCAGAAAGACAAGCUAGAGUCUGAUUUGAAAAGGGAGGUCAAGAAACUGCAAAGGCUAAGGGAACAGAUAAAAUCGUGGCAAAGUUCGCCGGAUAUUAAAGAUAAAGAUUCUCUUCUGGAUUAUAGAAGAUCUGUAGAGAUAGCGAUGGAGAAAUAUAAAGCCGUGGAAAAGGCAUCUAAAGAGAAAGCAUAUUCGAAUAUUAGUCUGAAAAAAUCAGAGACUUUAGAUCCCCAAGAAAGGGAAAGAAGAGAUACGUCUGAGUAUCUAUCUCAGAUGAUUGAUGAGCUGGAAAGGCAGUACGAUUCCCUACAGGUGGAAAUCGAUAAACUAUUACUUCUUAACAAAAAGAAGAAAACGUCUUCUACGUCAAACGAUGAGAAAAAGGAACAGUUUAGGCGGUUUCAAGCGAGGUAUAGGUGGCAUCAGCAACAAAUGGAACUGGCAUUGAGGUUGCUGGCGAAUGAAGAAUUGAAUCCCCAAGAUGUUAAAAAUGUACAGGAUGAUAUAAACUACUUUGUGGAGUCAAAUCAAGAACCGGAUUUUGUGGAAGAUGAAACUAUUUACGAUGGUUUGAAUUUACAGAGCAACGAGGCUAUUGCACAUGAAGUAGCGCAAUAUUUUGCUUCACAAAAUGCUGAGGAUAACAACACGUCUGAUGCCAAUGAAUCUCUUCAAGAUAUAUCAAAACUUUCUAAGAAGGAACAAAGAAAGUUAGAGAGAGAAGCUAAAAAGGCUGCUAAACUCGCAGCAAAAAAUUCAACAGGUUCAGCAAUAAGCGCUCCUGGGCCUUCAUCUACACCGUCACCUGCCCCUAUUCCAGAUGCUCUGAAGGAAACAGAAAGGAGUCUUUCAGCUUCCCCCAUCCAUAAUGUGGCCAAGACUGAGGAGACUAAUAAAGCAUCUUCUAUAAAGAGUCCCAGACCUAGCACUGACAACCAGCUUCCGUCAUUGCAAAAAUCACCAAGCUCAGCUACACCUGAAACUCCCACGAAUGUACAUACGAAUCUUCAUCAAACUCCAAAUGGCAUUACUGGCGCCACUACAUUGAAACCUGCCACUCUUCCUGCGAAACCUGUUGGUGAAUUAAAAUGGGCCGUUGCUGCAUCACAGGCAGUGGAAAAAGAUAGAAAGGUUACUUCUGCAUCGUCCACCAUUUCCAAUACCUCGACGAAGACUCCAACAACAGCAGCUGCUACCACAACAUCUUCCAAUGCUAACAGUAGGAUUGGUAGUGCCUUGAACACACCUAAAAUAUCGACCUCAUCUUUAUCUUUGCAACCUGACAAUACCGGUGCAUCAUCUUCUUCAGCAGCCACUGCUGCUGCUGUUUUAGCUGCUGGGGCAGCAGCUGUGCAUCAAAACAAUCAAGCCUUUUACAGAAAUAUGAACUCAUCGCAUCAUCCUUUGGUUUCUUUGGCUACGAAUAUAAAGUCAGAAUAUGAAAUCACUGAUACGGUGGCAAACCAAAAUGGUACUGAUAAUGCAAAUAAAAAUGUUACGGAACAAAAAGAGGAAGUACCUGCAAUGGAAGUUGAUCAACUGGAAGGACCAACUUUUGGAGUAUUUGAUGAUGAUUUUGAAUCCGAUAGGAAUUUAGAGACAGAAUCAGAGGAUGAAGGACAAUCAAGCAACCCGAAAUACUUGAGUUCUGAACAAAGAGAUGCCAUGACGAAUGAAAUCAAGAAAGAAUUCUUAAGUGAUUUUGAAACUCUGCUGCUACCCAGUGGUGUUCAAGAAUUUAUAAUGAGCUCUGAACUCUAUAAUAGUCGAAUUGAAUCCAAAAUAACGUAUAAAAGAUCCCGAGAUAUGUGCGAAAUUUCUAGGCUAGUCGAAGUACCGCAAGGGGUUAAUCCACCAUCCCCCUUGGAUGCAUUCAGAUCUACUCAGCAGUGGGAUGUGAUGCGUUGUUCAUUGCGGGAUGUUAUUAUAGGUUCAGAAAGACUGAAGGAAGAUUCAUCGUCAAUUUAUGCCAAAAUUCUAGAAAACUUCAGAACUUUAGAGAUGUUCUCAUUAUUUUAUAACUAUUAUUUUGCUAUAACCCCCUUAGAAAGGGAGAUUGCAUACAAAAUCUUAAAUGAGAGAGAUUGGAAAGUUUCAAAAGAUGGCACAAUGUGGUUUUUGAGACAAGGGGAGGUCAAGUUUUUCAACGAAGUUUGUGAAGUUGGUGAUUAUAAAAUAUUUAAAUUAGAUGAUUGGACGGUAAUCGAUAAAAUCAACUUUAGACUGGAUUAUUCAUUUUUGCAACCAACGGUCGAUACAGUGUCUGAGGUCCGUGAUAUGAAUGUUGGCAAUAACGAUGUUAAUGAUCAAAGUAAUGUAACUUUAGAACAACAAAAACAACAAAUUUCUCAUGGUAAACAGCUCUUGAAACAACUGAGACAGGGAAAAAUUAGUGUAUGA